AGUACUUCAUAAAGAAAAAGAAAUGGCUUACAUAUCCACUUUUGAACCGACGCAUCAAACAGUUCCAGUACAAAGGAUCUGAUGCUCUCACAAAGCCGUGUGCUGUCAACUCGGAGGUAGCAAAGCUUUCGGGUCAAGCUAUUCAGAACUGGAAUUUGUUAAGGUUGCUCCCUGUUUUGAUUGGUGACAAAGUGCAAAAUCCAGAAGACGAUGUAUGGGAGUUAACUCUUCAGCUUAAAGAUAUUGUCGAUAUGAUUUGUGCGCAAAAGAUUUCGUUGUCCCAGGUAGCCUAUCUUGACAUUCUUAUCCAAGAAUAUUUGGAAUCAAGAAAGUGUUUAUUUCCUGAGACUACAUUCAAACCAAAACACCACUUCAUGCGGCACUAUCCGGCACUAAUCUUGAAAUUUGGCCCUUUAAUCAGAGUAUGGACGAUGCGUUUUGAAAGUAAACACAGCUACUUCAAAAGAUGUGCCAGGCAUUUGAAAAACUUCAGAAACAUCUGUCUGACUUUAGCUGAACGACAUCAGCUGUUUCAGGCAUAUCUUGCAGUUGGGCCAGGAUGCACUCAGCUCCUGCAAGUCAAAGACAGCUGUAUCUUUUACCCCAACCUCUACAGUGACGCAAUUAAACAUGCAGUCGGAGAGUUUGGCUUUGAUGAAAACAAUACUACUGUUUCCACCAACAUACAGUAUAAAGGCACAUCAUAUAAAAAAGGGAAUUUCCUUGUGUCAAAAAAUGAUGAGUCCAUGGAGUUUGGAGAACUUGUCAUCAUUCUGAUUAAAAAGGAAGCGGCUGUGUAUUUUGUCAUUGAUGUACAUGAAGCUGGCUAUCUUUCUGAAUACCAUUUGUACUCGGUGACAAAACGGAGUACAAGGAUGCAAUGUCUUAACAUUAAUGACUUGGUAGAUUUCUACCCAUUACCAUCAUACAUUGUGAACGGGUUACAAGUCAUUCCCCUAAAACACAGUGUGUUGUCGAAAUAAAUAUGAUCCUGGCUAGUGAGAUUAAGAAACUAUUCAAAAAAUAGUAUGCUUGGUAGAAAUACAAAAACACAAUUUGAAAGCUUAUUGAAAGUGGUCUUGGCUUUCCUUUUAAGAUGCAUAAAUGUCUAAAUCAUCACUCACAUAACACUUUUCAAGCAAGUAGAGUUUCAGCUUAACUAUGUGUUGAAUAACUUAUUUCUCUUCAGUUGUCAUUCUUCUUUGAUUAUAGAUAUGACUGACUUGGAGCAAUCGUUUCUACGCUCCGCAAUCACUGAGGUCUUGCCUGACCUUCCAGAGAUGAUAAAAGAUAUUUUAGAAGAGCACUUGCAAUCCCUUGGGGUAGAGACCUGUGAUGAUUUCCAGUUCAUUGAGGAAGCUGACUUGCUGUCUGCGCUGAGGCCAAUUCAAGCACGAAAAGUCGUUGCUGUCUUGAAACAGAGAUGGAAGUCAAGUAUUACAACCAGCAGCUCAUCUGAUGCUUCACCAGGACCUCCUCCAUCCUUGCAGUCUCUUUCACCAGGAAGUUCAACUCCAACCUCUUCAAACAGCAGCCAAAGCCCUCAUGUCGACUGGGUGGAUACCUUUGUGAUUCCGUGGGAUAAGUUCCCAGAGGAACUGACGCAGACUUUGGAGAGAGAAAAGCGACCAAGUCCACGACUGAGAAGGGAGAUGGUCCGCCUUGUGGUUCAAGAGAUGACACAAAAAAGUUCCUGCAUAAGUAGAAGGAGCUCUAUUGAAGUUGCAAAAAAGAUGGUAUCAAAAUAUCCCAAAUCAUUGCAAGACGUCAUAGAAGGAGACGUGAUUGGGCAAGGGUAUCACUCUCUUGUUAAGCAAUUGCAAAACCGAAUCGAGAAUAUGAAGCGAUCAACAACCCCAAAAAUAAGAAAGCGAAGGUAUUGCACUGAUGAUACUGACACAGAUGAAGUCCCCCCAGAAAAGAGAGCAGCGAUCCAGGACACUUAUGGGUGCAUAACCUGGGAUCCAAAAUUCCUUCCUCUUGGAGAGACCCCAGAGAGCCAGAAGGAAAAGAGAGAAAAAAUGAAGAGACCGGACGUUAAUACAGAGGAGCUCAAAAGCCUAAUGAAGAACACUUUCUACUCCCAGCGUAAAGAAGUUAACCAAGGGAAAAACAUCAAGCAUCUCCUGGAACAGUGGCCAUUUUUCUUUGAGGAACUUGGCAUGGCAGUCCACUUCAGGGAACUCACCGGAAUUGGGCUUCAAGAAACGUUCUCGAGGAAUCUGGAUAUGAAAGGGAAACGACUCCUGAACUACCUGAACACUGUUGCUGUCCACAAGAACAAAAGGUUCCUACAGGCUUUAACAAAGUUAAAAGCGAUGAGAGGAGAGCUGUGUGGUCUCUCUGAAGACGUCAAAGAGAUGGUGCUGCUUCUGUUGUCAUACUUCAAUGAGAAAGAAGACGCAAUGUUCUGUUACGUGGAGGACACGUGUCUGGCCGAGGAAAUACAGAUGGAAAAAGUCCACUUGACCCCUACCAUUGUUGUGUGUGGACAAUCCUGCUUUUCUUCAAGGCGAACCAUGCUGAGCGUGGAUCGAAAUAUCGUCAACGACCACAUCCCCUCAUUCAUUUCUGCCCUGUGCUUGAUGUUCGGGAGCUUCUAUUGUUUCAACAUUCAUUACCCGUCAGAGCUGGCAUCAACGCUGGAGUUUCUGCAAAGGUGUGUCUUUUGUGCUUGGCUUUUACCAACAUUGUCGCUAUUGAUCUGAAACUAAUCUAAAGUAGCUGCUUUUUCCGGAUAGGAGACAUUUUAAUUUUAUAGGUGCACUUAUAGGUUGAACAUGAUGGCUUG